AUGGCCGGGCACCCGCCGCAGGCCGGAUGCUUCGAGAUACGCCGUGCCGGCGUGACGCCGCCGGAGGUCCUGCUCUCGAUGAUCUGGCCCGAGCUGGACCGUUGGCGAGGCCGGUUCGGUCCCGGUACCGAGCAGGAGAACGACCUGGCAGCGAUGGCCCCGUUUGGAACCACCCGGUCUUCCGGCAUCCGGCCUACGCCCCGUUCGCGCACCAGCUAUCGGACUUCAUCCUUGAAGAGGAGCGUCCAAGCCAGCUUGCAGUCCUAG